ACACACACAUACACACACACAAGCGGGAUCCCCUCAGAGUCCAGGCCCCUGAAGAGUAGCCAAAUCCGCUGUGAGGGAGCAGAGGAGGAGGGAAAAGGGAGGCACAUUGCUAAUUGGCGAACCUGCUGCUCGGUUUUUUUCUUUCCACAGGCAGCAGCAGCGUGCAUGGUGCACAGCUGUGAGUCCCCGUGUGUGUGUGUGCGUGCAUGUGUGUGCGUGUGUCUACAGGUAGCAGCAGCAGCAGCAGCAGGGAGAGAGAGAAAGCAACUCAACUGCAGCAGCCCUAGCUCGGAUUUGGGAGGCGAUUGCUCACUUUGCGGGCGGAUGCUUAGCUAAGAGAGAUUUGCCCCACCAUCCCGUUUGUGCUCUUUUCAUGCAUUUCUCCGGUGUGGCGUGUUUGCUUCUAAAGCUCCCUGGGAAUCUUGUAUUUUACCUCCGUUUUUUGCAUUCUUGCUAAGAAAUCCGUGGAUACGUCUUGCUUGCCAAGUUUGUAGGGACACCUCUCUGUUCCCCCCUCCCCUCUUUUGGAUACAUUACAGUACCCUUGUGUAUAUAGACCUAUAUAUGUUUUUGCCUCUUUCAAGAAAAAAUGGAAUUCUUUGGGGAGCGAACGGAUACUGAGGACAGUCAUAAAAAUCUCCUCUUGAGCCUAUAAAAGAGGCGCAUGAAGAAAUUGCUUAAAUUCAGCCAUCAAUUUAGCGUCACAGUGAGCACCUCCAAGUAUUUAUGGUUGCAGAUCAGGUGCAAACGAGGAGUAGUGAUAAGGUUAUAGACCUGCAGCUAAUUGGAUUUGAUUUAUAAGUGGGGAAUCUGCAGUAAAUGGCCGCUCUCUUCAUAUUGCUACUAUGGAAAACAGAAUUGUCAAUAGGAUGUAGUCUGAUAAAUAGUGCUGUGUGAAGAUGCUUCUUCAAUAAGUGUGAAAUCAAUGGAAGACACUUGCCGUGUGAAAAGCCUUUUGAGAUUUUUCUUACCGGCUUAUAUAUAGGAAACUUGAUCCAUUUCCUUCAGUUGCCUCUGUUUUUACACAAGUGGAUAUAAAUAAGAUUGCUUCAUUGUAGCUAUACAACUAAUGUGGGACCAUGGCCCUUCCAAGAUCCAUGUGGCUGAACUGUGUAUGGAGAGCGAUGAUGGUCCGUCUAUUACAUAUGGGAUUGGAUGCCACUUUUGUUCUUUGUAUACUUGGAUUUUUGCUUCAUGCUGCAGCUGUAUCCUCACAAAAAUUGGAUGAUAUUGACCCAGUGGUGACCACCAACUUUGGCAAGAUAAGAGGAAUUAAGAAGGAACUUAAUAAUGAAAUUUUGGGGCCUGUUGUUCAAUUUCUCGGGGUUCCAUAUGCUGCCCCGCCAGUAGGAGAGCGUCGAUUUCAACCUCCAGAACCUCCAUCUUCCUGGUCAGAUAUAAAAAAUGCUACACAAUUUGCUCCAGUUUGUCCCCAGAACAUCAUAGAAGGCAGAUUGCCUGAAGUCAUGCUUCCUGUGUGGUUUACUAAUAACUUGGAUGUAGUUUCUACAUAUGUACAAGAUCAGAAUGAAGACUGCCUCUAUUUAAAUAUAUAUGUCCCAACUGAAGAUGUCAAAAGAAUAUCCAAGGAAUGUGCCAGAAAACCCGGCAAGAAAAUUUGUAGAAAAGGAGGUCCCCUAACAAAGAAACAGACAGAUGAUUUAGGUGAUAAUGACGGUGCUGAAGAUGAAGACAUUCGGGACAGUGGGGGACCUAAGCCAGUGAUGGUAUAUAUUCAUGGAGGGUCCUACAUGGAAGGCACUGGAAAUUUAUAUGAUGGCAGUGUUCUGGCAAGUUAUGGCAAUGUGAUAGUCAUCACAGUCAACUAUCGCCUUGGGGUACUUGGUAAGAAGCUUUUGGAUUUCAAUUAAUCCCUGCUAUCUGCAUUGCACUUCAUACUAUUUGUGAGAAUAUAUUCAGAAAACCAUUUUUACUUUGUUUUUAAAAACCUUGUUUCCAAACCAAGUCUUGUUGUUAUGUAGCUGCAAAACACAUUUUCUGCCUUUAGCUUGCAGAAUAAAUGGAAACUCUGCUUCCGGUUUAAUGAUCUAAAAAUACA